UUGAGAGGGAAGGCUCGGUAGGGGGAUAGCGGUUUUGGAUGGGUUUGGAUUUAAAAUCCCGAGAAAAAAGGGGGGACAGAGCAGCGCUGAGGGCCCCUGCUGGCCAUUCCGCGAGCCAUAGGCCUUUGUUACGGGUGGCGUUUUCAAUACACGGCGACCUGAUUAAACAUGGCGUCCGGCACGAGCUAGAGGAUUGUGUGGGGCUUGCGUGGCGGAGGAGGAACGCCGGCAUGGAAUGGGGUACGAUUGAUGGCUGCAAAUUUUCGUGAGAAAACAACAACACCGCGCCGUCGUCUCUCUCCCGCAGACGAUAAUCAGCUGGGCUGAGGGAAAUUGUCAGACGACGGGAUUUUUUUUUUCUCUGACAAAAUGGCGGCGGACCAGGACGUCACCCCACAGCAAGACCUGUGUAUGAUCCUGGUUAAAACCGUGACUCUCGGCGUCGUCAUUGUGGCCAGCUUGCUGGGCAACUCGCUGGUUUUAUACGUGCUGUACAAAGAGCAGAGCCUUCGCAAGCCGCCAUUUUUCCUGCUGGCGAAUGUAUCGGUGGCCGACUUAGUCAAAACAGUCUUCUGUCUGCCCUUUGUCAUCAUCGCUGUGGUGAACGAUUCGGGCUGGGAUUAUGGGCGACCGUUGUGCCAAGUGGUGGCGUUUUUCAACACCAUGCUCCUGUUCGGAGUGAUUUUCACGCAUUUUACCGUCAGUAUUACGCGAUACAUCGUGGUGACACACAGCAAGUUCCACAGGAAGAAGCUGACUGGCUCCGUGUGCGCUGUGCUCAUAUGUGUCAUCUGGACAGUCGCCAUUAUCAUGGCUUUUCCCCCAGUAUUCGGCCUGGGCACCUACGAGUUCAUUCGCGAGGAAGAGCAGUGCAAUUUCCGACACAAACACUACCUGACGAACGAUACUUUAGGAUUCCUUCUCAUCCUUUCUAUCGUGCUCUUCGCCACGCAUCUCAUCUACUUGAGACUCUUCAUCUUCAUGCGAAUGCAUCGCAAGAUGAAUCCCGUUGUUUUCGUGCCGGCGCUGUCACACAACUGGACUUUUUUCGGGCCGGGGGCCACGGGGCAGGCCGCGGCGAACUGGAUGCAAGGGUUCGGGCGAGGGCCGGCUCCCCCCGUGCUCGGAGCCGGGAGACAGCCCCAGCAACCCCGCAACAACAACAACACCAGCUCGUCCAGCAUGCGAAACAACAAGCUGCCCUGGAGGACGCUUCAGAGCGAGAAGAAGACCAGCCGACUGCACUACGUCAUAAUUUUCAUGUUCUUGGUUCUGUGGACACCUUACCUGGUGCAGUCGUACUGGCACAUGCUGGCAAAAGAACGGACAAUUCCCAGCGCGUUCAUGACCAUUUCGGCAUGGAUGACAUAUGUACAGGUCUGUGUGAACCCUUUUUUGUGCGUCCUGUUUAGCCGAGAAUUCCGCAAGGCCGCUCAAAAAAACUUGUAACACCUGCACAUAAUAUUAUUAUAAUGGUGACAAAUCGCCGGCGAAAGCCAGACAGAAAUUAUGAUGAAUAUUAAUAUUCCCCCCUUAAAGUCCAUUAUUUAUUAUACUAUUCCCGCUUCUAUCAAUGCAAGAGUUUUGUAUUAGAAUUCUAUUUGUGUAUACUAAGGCCUGGGAAAGCUGUAACAAACAAAGAGAUUUUUUAGUACCAAGAAUAUCUUGUUAUUGUGCAACAAAAGACUGGCACGUUUCGUGGCGGCUCUACAAAGAGCCCCGCUCACGAUGUAGAGACUAUUAAAUACACAAAACCUUAUUCAGAACAAGGGAACCGUAAAGAAGAGAUAUUAUUCCAAGCCUGCGAUUCAAAGCACGAACUAAACGAUUCCUUUAUCAUGGUAGAUGUAAAUUUAUCAAGCAAAUAGAUUUUAUUUGUCUUUUGGUACCAUAUAUAUUCAGGAUUCGUAGAGUGAAAGAAUUCAUUCCGUUAAGCGUUUGUUGUUGUACUUAUGAGGUCUUGAAAUCACGUGGCUUAAAGUAUUAUUAAGAUGGUUUCGACCAUUUACGACACUAAUACUUAAUUUGUUGUCACGAAUUUUCAGAAAGAUGAGAACAUUUCCGUUUCAAGUGCAAUUAUAUACACAUGCGAUAUUUCUCACAGGCCUUCCGUGUCGUGUUUAUUCUAGUUUGUAAUUCUAUAUCUUUAAUGUUUAUUCUGGGCAUGAGUCAAUCGUGUUUUCGUGGGAAAU